AUGGGCGGCCGGAGCAACAACAAUACAGCCGCCCACCAGAAUUCAAUACUUCGAAUCGUUGUCGUUGGUGGCGGAGGUGUUGGAAAAUCGGCAUUAACUAUACAGUUUAUACAGCGCUACUUCGUCCAGGAUUACGAUCCGACCAUCGAGGACUCCUACACAAAACAAUGCUUCGUCGAUGAGGACUUGUGCAAGUUGGAAAUCCUCGACACAGCCGGCCAAGAGGAGUUUUCCACCAUGCGAGAGCAGUAUCUGAGGACGGGAAGUGGCUUUUUGAUUGUGUUCGCUGUGACUGAUAGGAAUAGUUUCGAAGAAGUCAAAAAGCUGCACGAACUGAUAUGUCGCAUCAAGGAUCGAGAUGAUUUUCCGAUAAUUUUGGUGGGAAAUAAAGCAGAUUUGGAGAACGAGAGACAUGUAGCCCGACAUGAAGCAGAGGAACUAGCUCACCGUCUCUCGAUUCCUUAUCUGGAGUGCUCGGCAAAACUGCGAAGAAAUGUCGACGAGGCGUUUUUUGAUAUAGUUCGACUUGUCAGAAAAUACCAACACGACGAGCGAAUGCCAGUCCACGCCCAUGACGAUCGGAAACUUGAGUCUCCGAUAAAAUUGAAAAAGAAGAAAAACUGCAGGAUUCAGUGA